GCGCCGCUCUCUGGGCAGGGUGGAGGAGUCGACGGAAGGACCUGUGCUGACCCGCUUCGGCCCCUCCGGUGGCCUGAUCUUCCUCGGCGUGUGACGGUUUGCGCAGUCCAGCAUCAUGGGGAAGAGAGAUAACCGGGUGGCGUAUAUGAACCCAAUAGCAAUGGCCAGAUCAAGGGGUCCAGUCCAGUCUUCAGGGCCAACGAUCCAAGAUUAUCUGAAUCGACCAAGGCCUACCUGGGAAGAAGUGAAAGAACAACUGGAAAAGAAAAAGAAAGGCUCCAAGGCGUUGGCUGAAUUUGAAGAAAAAAUGAAUGAGAACUGGAAGAAAGAAUUAGAAAAACACAGGGAGAAAUUAUUAAGUGGAAGUGAAAGCUCAUCUAAAAAAAGACAGAGAAAGAAAAAAGAAAAGAAGAAAUCUGGUAGGUAUUCAUCCUCUUCUUCAUCAAGCUCUGAUUCUUCCAGCAGUUCUUCAGAUUCUGAAGAUGAGGAUAAGAAACAAGGGAAAAGGAAAAAGAAAAAGAAGAACCGUUCACAUAAAUCUUCUGAAAGCUCCAUGUCAGAGACCGAGUCAGACAGUAAGGAUAGUCUGAAAAAGAAAAAGAAGUCAAAGGAUGCAACUGAGAAAGAAAAGGACAUUAAAGGACUUGGGAAAAAGAGAAAGAUGUAUCCUGAAGAUAAACCUUUAUCAUCUGAGUCCUUAUCAGAAUCAGAUUAUAUUGAGGAGGUACGCGCAAAAAAGAAGAAAAGCAGUGAAGACAGAGACAAAGCAACAGAAAAAACAAAAAAGAAAAAGAAGCAUAAGAAACACAGUAAGAAAAAGAAAAAGAAGGCUGCUAGUUCGAGUCCUGACUCACCAUGACGUUAGAAAAAAUCAGGAUUCCCUUAUAAAGUGCAAUGUCUGAGGAGAUCUCAACUGUGAAAAUAAUGACAUAUUUACUAAAGUGCAUGAAUAUUGUUGUUUCUAGAAUUAUUCCUGGACUGUUCAGUAGCCACUCAGAAUGCCGCUGUGUGAAAGGGCCAUAAUAGUUGCCUGCUGCCUGAACAUCUGUCUUUUUCUCUUCCACUGCUUAGUAACUUUGGGAGAUAAUACACUGCAGUCAUACUAGUGGUUGUUAUUUGGGAAUAAAGUUAAUAUUUUUGACUAGAAGCAUCAAAUGAUAAAUUGACAGAAUUUGAGUCUGGAUACAUCAUUAAGAUGUACACAGAAAUGACCAGAUGACUCUAACAUUUUUGAAGUAGGGAUUGCAUUGAUAUUUCAGUAUCCUUACUCUGUAGAUAAGUGUAUUUUAAUUUUUCCCCCUUGUAUACUUUUAUUAUUUACCUGGGGAAGGAACUUUCAAGGGUUGGGGUGGUUUGCUAUUUUCUUUAGCAGAAUAGUGUGCCUUUUAUCCUCAUACAUCCUAUUUUUGUGGACACAGUAGCCAUGCUUCAUGGGGAGGUCAGAGCUGGGUAUGGCAGUCCUGCGCUUCACUGAGGUUAGUAACAUCCUUGGACUCUGCCGUAUGCUGCUUUGAGUGAACCAGAGAAACGGCCUUUUGCAGCUCGAGAAAGCCCUGGAAGCUCUGGGAUGUACCUCCACUUCGAUAAUACUGAAUGAUUGUUAGUAUUAGAAUGUGUUAUAACAUUUGAAUUAAUUUUGACUAUACUUUGGCUUUGGAGAGGAGUCAUUUCAAAUAGACACUGGUACUUUUUGAACUUGAUAGCUAAAGAUUCUAAGAUGCAUGUUUUAUACUGUUAAGUUUUAACCAGUCAGGAAAAUUUUAUGUAACCAGUGAUAGUUAUUUUUUGUAUGAAUUUUGUUUAGGCUGUAAUGUUUAGCUUUUAUUAACUUUUUAUUCUUGCUAUCUUAAAUUCCUUACUGCAUUUAAUGGCGUUCUUGCCAAGAUAUUUAGCAUGUGAGAAGCAGGUUUUUGGUUUUGUUUUGUUUUGUUUUGUUUUGUUUGUAACAGCUUCAUAUUGAAGCUGAGAUUUACCAUAUACAAGUUGAAUGGCAAGUCUGUUAUGCUGUGUCUUGUUACAUAAAGCUCUUGCCAGAAUCUUAGUAAGUAUAACAUUUUAAAAGUUUGUCUUUGUAUAUUCAUAAAAAAAUUAUGACAAGUUAAACUUAAUUGAGAAUUACAUUAUUGCUCUUUCUGUGUCAUUUUACUAAGAUUUUGUGCCUCAUAUCUCCUGCUGAAUUGUUUACUAGUUAAAAGGGAUUGAUAAAUCAAUUUCACUUUACAUUUUUAUAUAAUCAGGUAACAAAAUAUAAUUUGAUGUAUAAUUUUGCCUGCGUGAUAAUUAUAGUGUUAUAUGCACAAAACAUUUUGGCAUGACAAGAGGCUAAAUAAAUAGCUAUUUUACUUAAAAAUAGCCAAGUUCUUAUCAGCUCCCUUUGAGUCACAAGUAAAGUUACAAUGAUUAAGAAACACUACUAGGUGUUAAGUGGUAGGAGGAUAAGACAUGUCUUCAAGUUUUAGCUGUAAAAAUAACACAUUUCUUGGUUACUUUCCUUAAAUUUUAUGCUUAGAGCUUCCUACUCUUACCUAAUAAAAGAUAUCUAUAUGUUCUUGAGUACACAGUAAGUUUGAGGGACAUUUUGCAUCCAGAAGGAAGUUUCUCAGAAUUGUUCGUGCAGAUGCUAAAAGAUGAAGUUUAUCAGUUUAUUUGUUGAUCAUUUUUUCUGUGAACAUAAAAGUGUACCUUUGCAGACUGGCCCAGUACACGAUGAUUGUGUUCCACUAACAGCAACUGCUUGUUUUAUAGACUGGGGAAGAAAGAGAUUUGGCAAGAAAAUUAUACUCUUUCCAGACCAUUGACUAUCUGGGAGAUAACCCUUCUCAUUGUUUCUCUUAUGGUAACCUUAACAUUCUCCUAAUAAGUUGUGGAAAGAAAACUUGACUGGUGAUGUUAUAUGCAGGUCAACAUCUCUGACUUCCCCCCUCCACCAGAUCACCCCUUUUCAACACAGGACAUGUUAUUUGGGUAAUUGUGCCAGGGUAACUGCAACAAAAUUGAUGAAUGUCUAGAUAAAAAAAAAUUGAAUUUAUAGCAAUGCUACCUCUUUCUGGUUGUUUUGGAUUUAUUUGGUUGUCCUUAAUAUAUUUAGGUGUUUUAAAUUCGUAAGAGUGUCCUGAAGUUAUUUUAUCAAGAAUAUGGGUUCAUACUCUAUUAGUCAAGCUGUGCUUUAAAAACCUGUUGCUCUGGAGAAUAGUAGACUAAUCUCAGAGAGACUGAGAACAGUUAUUCUUCAGACUUAGGUGACAGGUUUCACUUUUUAAAAAUUACCAGUUUUGAACUUAAAAUCUAUAAAAAAGUCUUAAGAAAGCUUUUUGUUCCCCAGUUGUAUUUGCCUUAUUUUAAAAUUUUAUAUUUCAUUAAAAACUUACUAAAAAUUUAGUGCCCUAAUUCCUAAAAAUUAUGUUAUGUUAGUACAUUAUAGGUUUUUGCCUUACCACAGUGAAGACCAGCAGACACACCAGAAACUACUUGUUCUCUCUGCUAGGAUUCGGAAAUGGACAGGACUUAAAACCGUAGUUUUUUGGCCACCUUUGGCAUAGUUACAUGUUUUCCCACUAGUUAGUCAGAUACAAGUUGGAGGAAUGAAAGCGGGGUUUAGCGUUUCUCUAGAGACGCCCAGAUUGAAGCCUCUGCUUGGAUAUCAUGAGAAGGUACUUGGUUUGAACUUUCAAAUGAGGUUAUAGCCUUUGAAGGAAAUUGUAUGGUCUGGGAAAUUAUUUUAUUUCAACCAAAAGAUUAAGGCCUUUAUAAUCUUAUUUAGUUUUGUGUUCAAAUAGGAGGGAAAUAUUUUCAACUGUAGAAUUUAUGCUGAGGAAAUACAAAUGACAACAUUAAGUACCACUUUAACUGGUGUUUAGACCCAAA